CGAGCAGUGAGAUAUCGUUACUCAACGCUCUCUUCUGGUCCGUUACCCGAAAUCUCUUUUUAGCUUUUUAAACCUUCAGUAUUAUAUAUUUUUAAACACACUUCGUGCACCACACUGCUACUACCAUGCCGAGAGCGUUUCUUGUACGAAAGUACCGUAACUCGCCAAACGGACGCCGAUAUACGUAUUCGCCACAGACCAGACACUACGACUACGACGGAGCGGUAUUUCCACCGCUAACAGGCAACGUUACCGAUCUCCCCGGCUUGAUCGUCUCAAAUGACAUAUAUUUAAAUGUCGAGUAUACCUUUAGGAAAUCCUUCGAUGACAUUAAUACAAACGACGGAGUCUGUUCGGCUGAACCUAAAACUGAGUCUGUGAGUGUCAUGUCAUCAAGCGAAAGUGUAGUACAGGAAGAAUAUGUUAAAGACAUCAGCGAUGAAGACGAUAGCAAAACAAAAUUCAAGAGUUCUGAUUCAGUCGUGACAGAGCAUCGAGAAAAAGAACACAAUACUAGACAAAACGAAAGAGUUGAUCACCUCUGUGAAACGGCAGACGAUAAAGACAUACACAUCGUAACCAGCAACGAAAAUUUAUAUUGUCACGUUUGCAGUAAGACGUUUCAUAACCAGCGCAUGCUCAGCCGGCACAAAAGAAUUCACGAAGAAUCACGACGUCAUUUAUGCAGCUUUUGUAAGAAAGGCUUCAAUGAUAAUUUUGACUUGAAACGUCACGUGAGAACACAUACAGGCGUACGUCCCUUUAAAUGUGAAACAUGUGACAAGGCGUUCACACAAAGAUGUUCUCUAGAAUCGCACCAGAAAAAAGUCCAUGGAAUCCUUCACAAAUAUGGAUAUAAAGAACGGAGGAACAAACUGCAUGUAUGUGAGGACUGUGGGUAUACUACGUCGAGGAUUGAAGACCACUUCACUCAUAUACGACAACACCAUCCAGUGAGUCCGUUGAUUACCAAGUUCAAUCGAAAAGACAAACAUUAUAUCAACGAGAAACAAACACUUCAACAGACUAACCGUCAUCAUUGA